AUUGUGACAUGUGUGACAUCAACCCCUUUUGAGUUGUGCGGCAGCCCUGAAGAGCCAGAAUGCCUGCCCUCCUCCAAAGAGGACAGACACUGGCAGUGUCAGAUGGCGUUGCAGAAGGGCUUGGCAGAAGGUGGCACCUCUUCCUCUACUGCCAGUGACAACCAAGUGCUCCUGGCUGAGCCUCCACAUAAGUCAGAGGACCAAAUGUGCCCAAUCUGCUUGGACAUCAUCAACAACCAAGUCUCAGUGAGCUGGUGCAACCAUGCUUUCUGCUUUCCUUGCAUACUGGAGUGGUCACGCAAUAGACCUGUUUGUCCAAUCUGCCGGGAGCCUUUCCAAUACCUCCUCCGCAAAGUGGGAGACAAUAACUAUGAGGUGUACUCUAUAGGGCACUACACCAGCUCCAUCAGACAUAAUCCUGGAAGGAGAGAUCAUCGUCACUCUGCAGACGGGAGGCGGCAUCAUUCCACAGGCCACGGGUACCGCCGAUCUUCCAGCAGAGAGCACGGCAAUAGCCGUGCCAGAGACUGGGAAAGGGACCGAAGCAGAUCCCGGAGGCAGAGCCAUGAUGGCCAUAGCAGGGGUCAGCAGGCCCGGAGUUUUGACCCCUCAAGCAGCAGGAGACGGCCGCACAGCAGGGCUCAGGACACGGCUUCUGAAACAUCUCGUGGUUGGAACCAAGUUGCAAGGCAUGAAUGGGAUGUCCCAGUCCCUCUGGGGAGGAGUGAGCACCGUCAGCGGGCACCAUGGAAUCCCUCCAGGGAAUCCUGGGCAACAAGCAGACGAUUUCAUUGAUUCCAGUGGACAUCCCACACCUCUGAGUGAUUCAGGGACAGGUAGCACACCCUACUGAGAAAUGU